CGGGCUGCCUGCGCCGCGGUGGCAGCGGCCAGUGCCCGCCUGGCUGUGGCUACGACGACCCAGCCCUCGACGCGCUGCAGCUCGGCUCCGCCUGCCUUUCCGGUGCCCGCCGCGCCCCUGCAGGUUAAAGCGUUUAUCUCCGCCGAGCGCCUACACUCUUCGGCUACCUGCACAACAGAUUCGUCGGGCGGGUCCCGUACGGAGUAGGGGCCAGCCUUUCGGCCGUCCAGGUCACAUCGGCAGCCGGCAGGAGGCGUCAGAUACGCCGCGGGAGAGAGCGACGUACACAUAGGAAAGCACCGACGAUGGCCAGCUUUCCAGGGAUCGACUUCUCGCCGAUCCCAGAGGCUCGGUACGACGACGUCAUCAAGCACCUGCGGGACAACUUCUUCGCCGACGAGCCCCUCAACUGCUCGGUGCGGCUCUGCCAGCCUGGAGAACCACACGCCGAGCUGGAAGAGCAUGCACUCAGUACGCUGAGGGACAGGCUGUCUUGGAUGGCCAUGGACACAGACACCGGGCAGGUGGUGGGGGUGGCGCUGAACGGCGUGUCGCGGCGUGGCGACCUGGCCGAGGCGCAGGAGCGGCUGGCCGCCGUCUCGGACGACAAGUUCCGCACCAUCUUCGGACUUCUGUACGGCGUCAACCGCCGGCUGGACCUGUUCGCAGCGCACGGCGUCGACCAGAUCUUCGAGUGCCGCAUCCUGUCCGUGGACUCGCGGUACCGAGGUCGCGGUCUAGCCAGGCGCCUGCUCCAGCUGAGCGAGGGCACAGCCAGGGAGAGAGGCUUCAAGCUGCUGAAGGAGGACGCCACAGGCCUCUUCUCGCAGCGGGUGGCAGAGUCCCUGGGUCUGCAGACGGCGUGCCAGGUUCGCUACUGCGACUACACCGCCGAGGACACUGGUGAGGUCGUUUUCCACACGCCGCAGCCGCACGACUGCCUCAAGAUCAUGGUAAAGGUGCUCGACUAAGUUUCACAGGGUGGUUGUACCAACACUGCUUUCGCUAACUAAAGUGCCACGAUCCCCAAUCACCUUUUCGGACAAACAGAUUCCUCCCGAACCCUUUACCAGUACCAACACCUUUUGACCACAUCGAUACGUCCGAGAAGGUCAGCGAGAGAUGUUCGAUGCUGUUUGUCAAAUCAUCUCUGGACCAGCAUAUUGGAGGUCAGCAGCUAUUCAACUGGUAGCAUUAUUGCUGAAGCUGACCAUAAAACGAGCUUUCUCAACAGCCACUGCUCGAGAUAAGUGUGUUGAGCCUCACAGUGUAGCUGAAUCCUAAUGGUGCCACACUGGUAAGAGGCAAUCAAACACGUAGCCAUCUCUGCUGCUGUACUGUCGCGUGGGACCAUCUCUAGCUUUGAGUUCACCUGCUAAUCUUUCCUUCUGGUAUGCCAUUACGAUUCUCUCAGAGGUGAAAAGUGACGAUCCUCAGCUUCAGAGACCAAACACUGUUUAGUUGACCAUCACCCAAACUCUCUAAAACAAUGCAGAUAUUGACAGGAAUACUAUACAGAACAUCACUGUUCCAGCCCUGACCUUAUACAUCUCACAAAUAUUAAUCAACCUAUGAAGAAUCAGUCAGCUAAAUACUUUCCUUCUUUCAGCAUGAGAGUGUCCAGUUAACAUCUCUUUUCAAAGAAAUGACAGUAAUCGUUGAACUGUCUCUUAUAACAUACCAACCAAGAUACAUGUUUCCAGUCCAUUAGUGUCUGAAUAAAGUGGAGCUUUUUCUCUUGGUGGCCUCCAAGACAUCUAUUCCUUGAUCGUCCCUUGAAUCACGAAAAUUCCCAUUCCCUUUCGUCUCCAAUCCAGGUUUUAGCAAACGUCCCUUAACUGCAACUUUGAUGAGCAAGUCAACACUGACAUAGCAACAGCUCACAAUAACAUACAUUUGCAAUACAUUUUGUUUCCAUUCACACAAAGUAAACAUCCAAAAUUAAAGCGAAAUUCAUGUAUAACCAUUGUAGCGCAAUAUAAAACACGUAGAUAUGAUGCUAGAGGACACUCACUGCACACAAUGAUCAAGUGAGUGAUCACGCACAGCCGAGACCUUCUUUCCAUCCUCGCCAAUCUAAACUCCAAGGAUCACUGGAACAGCCCUCUGAGCAGGCACCAAACCUUCAUUUUCUCUCUAGAGCUCCUCUUUCUCGCUCAAAUUAAUAUUUUGGACAACGAACGAGUUUAACCUGCAAGCUGAAGAAACAACUAAAACGCUGUACUGACUUCAUACAUCCCGCAAUCCCAAAAUUAGCUGUAUGCGAGGUUUCGGUUGUUUGUUCCAUCGCUUUCCUUGUCAUACUUCUGUCAAAGGUGGCCAGGCCCUCGCGAACUCCUUCAGAUCUUGAGACUAAUUUAUCUCAAUAUGGAUCGUCAAAAGUCUGAUUGGCAUCCCCCUCCCAACAAAGCGCUUGAGCUCUACUUUUCGAUCAGCUUCCAGUCCAGGGCUCUCUGGUACCUGGGAGUAAAAUCACUGCAAUGAAGACGGUCGUCGCCAGUGUUUUGGAGCUGACUGGUGGAGCUGUACCCAUACUGGGUUGAGCCCCAGCCAGUACCGUCGUCUGUCGCCUGUAACCAAAGCGUUGACCGGUGCAACGUCGGGCCACAGCCUUCGGGAUCAGGGACGAAUGCCAUCAGAACCAUCAGCUAAGUCACCGCCAGCUGGUGAGACACUCACAAAACAUCCUCCGUCCUAGACAUGGCUCGCCUGAUGUCGAUGCAAACACUGGUGACCCGGGCAAAUGUCCUGUGCAUCCCCUCUGCUGCUUUCCUCUAGUCUCCCACGACACUGUCCCACCUCAAAGCUAGCCAUUAGUGAAUACGCUCCACACUAGAGCCGUUACGUUCGGAACUUUAUUCGAACUGGAAAACCUAUUGGAAACACAAGUUUCAGGGUGCCAAAUUUGUGUAGCUGGAAACUCCUCAGAAAGCAAUGACGCCAUUUUCAUGGGAGACAAUACAAUCCAGACAUUUCAAAAUUCAGUCAGCUUGCGACGAACAUUUACUUAUGUUACAGGUCUUGAAUUAAACUCCUUAUUUCUUUCCACAGGACAUUAUUUCACUGAGCUUAACCUCUGAAUGGACUGAAGGAACUGAGCGGUGCAUCACGUUUCACCUGUCACAUCAAUUUAAGUCAUCAUAGCUUAAUAAAAAAAAAUCACUGCCAUCACACAAAAUGUGUACAGACUGUCAUCACAGACUGAAUAAACAAUAUUUGUGGAGUACUUAUUGAGGAGCUCCAGAGAGAGUCCACGAAAUUAAGAGAGGGGUCCCAGUAAUGUAGACAAAAUGCAGUAUAUUACUCACGUGUCCUUAACUGUGGUGAACCGGAUACCUGAUAAUUACCUUUCAUCUUUCCUGUUGAGUCCACUCUUCACCUCCUGAACCUGCGCCAUUCUCGGUUGAAUUUCCUCCCCUCCCUCCCUACCACCACCAACCGCCAUCAGCACCUAGUCCACCACCUGCUGUGACUGUGGCCAUACUACCGAGAACAGGUCAUUGCGAAGUAAAUGCGUGGUGCAAUAUUUUGUAAAUUAGCUAGAAUAUCUCUUAUUUUAUUACAUCAGCAGACUUUGAACAAGUGAAAUAAUGUAACCACAUAUAUAAAGAAAAAGAUAACUGUUUAUUAUUUUUGACUUCGGUUGAAAUGCGCUUUCAGAUAUUAAUCGUAUGUUAUCAGAAGAGUACAGAGUACUCUUCUAUUGCUUCUAAAACUUAUCACUUCUGUGAGGUUACGAGUCUACAAGUGAGCAGUUUACUAUCGGACCUACAGACAUUUUGAUCGAAAAUAUUUCCCAUUAUGUCAUUAAUGGAUACGUCGAUGUGAUGAAAGUUUGUCCCGCCUCUACAACAAUCCCACCACAACCUCCUGCAAGCAGACUAGACACUAUGAUGUUCUGCCCCCUAACAUUAGAGUACACACUUAAACAAGUCAACAAUCCUACAGUUCUCUGCGUGUCUGUCAAAUGUAUGUGAUGUGCAAAUAAUAACGAUAGUAUUAAUAAUUAUGGUGAUAAUAAUAAAAUAAGUGUUCUUAAGAUGGACAGGAAAAUUCUAUUAGUAGCUGUGCUGCAGAGUUUGUAUGAAUAAUUUUAAACACUGUGCUGCAACAUACUGUAAAUUUGUACAUAGUAGAUGUAAAUGUAACAUGCAUUAUAUAGCCAUUAAGAGUAGUUGUAACUAAAGUAGUCCUGGGUCAGUAGGUUAGGUACUGUCCGCAAUGGGACAUUCAAUGUCUGUAGUCGUUAGGAAACACCUCUUCACCAGAACUGUACAAUAGCUGUGGCGGAGACUGUGGAACUCUGGUAGGUGGACCAGCCCUAAUUACUUCCAGUACAGAUUAAUUAAAAUAGCUUUCUCAGUGUUGAUGAUGGGCAUGGACAACUUCAAGAACAGAAGAAGAUGGAGGGUGUUGCAGAGCUGGCAACAGUGCUUGCUGUAUCGACAAGCGCUGUUGCCAGUUGUUGUGCAAUACUUCCGUUGUUUCAGUAUUUCUCAAGGUUCCACUGGCCUCCGAUGAAGUGGUAACAUUACAAGCAUGAGUGACAAAUGGUUCAUUCUCCACCCAUCCUGCUCGAGUAUCUACUGCAUCUUUGAUUCAGUAUUUAUUUAUUUAACUUGACUGUAGUAUUUAAAGACUUUCGCCAGUUUUAGUAUUCUUUCACUUCCGUUCCUCUCCGAGUGCCAGAAAGGCAUAUAAAAACUUUUUGGUGAAGUUUACGUCCUUGUUCACUAUUUUUUCCGUUUUCCUUUCUUCAAGACCUACAACUCUGUCUGUCAUACUUCCCCCACUACUUCUGUGGACAUUCCUCAGCCCCCGCCACCUAGAACAUUGUACAGUUCUGAGGCAGGAAGAAUUAUUGUGCAAGCAAAUUAACAAUUCAACCUGGAGACUGAAACUUUCUUCUGGGUAGUAUUGACAAGAUAGGGACCACCCAAUGAAUAGUACUUUCACUGUAAUCAUUACACGAUAUGGUACUAUUUGACAAAAUUGCCCUUCUGCACACUAUCAUACUAAUUGAUUUAAUUUAUUGUGUAUGUAUAAUUUAAUUGUUGAGUAUCAGGUGUAGUGCUGUAAACUAAAUGUAACUCAGUAGCAACAAUGGGAGGAAUUAGCUCGUAUAGUACAAAUAGUGAUGUGCAUUGAUCACUAGCUGCCCCUGCAAUUAACAGUGGGUUGGCAACACUGUGAUCGCUGCUCAGUGGCUAGCUGGCCAGUUAAUAGUACCUGUUAGUAGCGUACGCCUUGUUUCCCUAGUUCAGGACUCUGCGAAUUUGCCUUUUAAUGACGACAAAGUAUAAUUAAGAAACUGCACCAACAGAAUUCCAUUCUCUUCAGUAAUUAUGAAACCAGACUCUCUUGGCAGAGCAACCUAGAAAGAGUAGACACCCACAAAAUGCCAUCCACACUAGUUGCAGAAUCCUACUAGAAUACUAUCUGGUGGCUGUGGUGUGCGUUGAUGUAUGUUUAACUCCCUCAGUACUUAGAACAGGCUCCAUGAAUUUCCCUUGAAUCUUCAACAGCCUGUGUCAUCUGGUCAUAAGGUUACAGCUUUCCAAAGAUUAACCCCGAGAACUCCCUAACAAUAAUGACUGAUCGUUCACAUACUGCUUGCAUAUCUUUGUGAAGUGUAACUGUGAAACACUCGCUAUGCAAUAAGCAUCAUCCAACUACGGUUUGGCCCAGACAGAAUAUAUUCCGUACGUGCCUAGAGAGAGAGAGAGUAUGUGAUAGUGUUGUGAAGUCAUUAACUAUCAUGCUCAAAAUAUCUUCCAUGAAGCUGGUCAGUGGCUAAUGUACAGCAAAUGGUCUUUUUCAGUGAUUCGAAUGGUUCUUUCGCAAAGCAUUAUUGUUGCGCACUGAUUUGUCACCAUUGUUAGCCUAUCAGGAUGAUACGUCGGUUCACUGGACACUAUGCAGUACACUUUCUUACAAUUCAAGUCUGGAGGCAACGUUUCGUGCACCAAUGUAUUUACCUUCUUUGAAGCGUUGCCACCCUAGUGCGACACAGUUGGAGGACGCUCACUUUCAGUGACCAGACCGCCCCAAUAGCUGAAUGGUCAUAGCCACGCACGGGGGCCCGGGUUCGAUUCCCGGCUGUGGCCGGUGAUUUUCUCCCAUCAGGGACAGGGUGUUGCGAUGUCCUCAUCAUGAUUUCAUCCCCAUUGUCGUCUCACAAGUCGCCCAAUUUGGCGUCGCACUCAAUAAAACCUGCACUUACCGACUGGGAACUCACGGCCACUGACGCCGUACGCUCAUUUCCAUUUCAGUGACCACCUAGAGAUGCGUUACCACAUCUCUGUACUGGGGACUGCGUAGACGCGCUGCAUCACUAAAGACGCACUCUGUUGCAGCUUCCCUAACCUGGCGAAACAGGGCCGGGUAAAAACUUCGACUUCAAAAUGCUCGAUGUUGUUUUCAACACUGACACGUCAGUAUGUACGAGUUUGGCAUCAGCAUCGCCACUUCUGUGCCAUCCCUGCCCUGACACAACAGUGCUGUAGAGAAGCGUUAAACAACAAUGUGCAAAUCUAGAGGACCACAUGAAGGGGACAGCUACAGGCGUGUGUCACUUGGAGCAGUGAAGAAUCCCCUUAUACUCAUUUGAUUGUCUCUCAGCUCCCAAUACUGGCCGCAACUGUGCGAACCUUGUAGGCUGCAAUAAUGUCGAAAAUAGGAUGACUGCUGUGGAUUCCACGUGUGCAGAUAUUCUCACGUUCCUAAUGGAAACUUUCCAGCGCUUCCUUGGCGAAAACCUGUUGACCGAGAAUCUCACUUCAAAAGUUUGCUCUACGUGAAAAACUGCAAGCUGUUACCAUUAAUUUCCGCUGUAGCUAUAUACAAAACGUGCACGAAACAUUUUUCCAAGCACCCAAAUGCAGCACACGUCAGUUGCAGGUGAAAGGGGCGAUUGCAGGCCGAUGUUCGAGUCUCUUGUAUCCUCACCGUGGCACAUUAAAGGAAACAUGGUCAGAGCAUCACACAUUACAAAGUAGCAACAUUUGUGUGCUGGUUGUCCCAAAACUUUGCUCCCUCCUUAAGACGAUUUUCCAGUUACGAAUUAGAGAGAACAAGAAAAACGACUCUAAUUUGCCACAAUCAGAAGCAUCCCUAGUGUUUACUCUCUAGUAGGUUGCUCUGCCAAAGAAUUACUUUGCCUCUUUCCUCGAUUUUAAAUCCUCGGUACACGCAGUUGCGGCAAGCGAAACCUCCAGUUCCGUUGCAGUUUUUUUUCUUUUUUUGUGAAAGAGCACAGUUUUUCUAGCUAGACCCAAUUAAAUAUUGAUAAGUUUUCAACAAUAACCUAUUUCACAAAUAACACAUUUUGUGUCAAUUUAUAAUGACAAUCAUCAUUACUACUUGGGCGAACUUCACAGAGUCCUCCACGUCCGUUAAAAAUGAUUUUUUAGGUUUAGCUGAGAAAUGUUAAAAAUAGUACGAUGUAUUGAGUAUGCUCAAAUAUGUUUCACUUUGUUAGCGGGCGAGAAAAUUACAUCACAAAUGUGCUGUUUUUCGGCCCAAUUUGGAACUAAGUUUUGACAAGUAACUAACGGCAUACAAGGAUACAGUUAUAAGGGGUCAAAAACAUUAAAAAAUAAAUGUAGCUCUUUACGCCCCAAGAAUAUUUAGUGGGCAAUAGUUUUCUUAGAAAUAUACCACAUACUCAGAUAAGGUUAGCUCGGGUGCGUAGUUUUCCUUGAUGACACUUAAAUGGGAUUUGCAAACAAUUUAGACAUUAUCUAAAUGAAGUCAGCUCAAGCUUAUUAAAAUAUAGUGGUUGUUCGUUGCUGUGCUUGUUGAAAGUUAUAUCUCGUAUACGACAGACGUAGGUAAAAUAUAGGAAAAAUAGUAAUAUUAGAGUAUUGAAUUAGAAGAGAAAAUAGUCGUUCUUGUCAAUUUAGGAUGAUAAACGGCUGAGACUUUUACAGCUUAUUUGUAGUUUUUGAGCAAUUAGUUUAAGGUACUGGUAAUAAAUUCACACUGAAUACACAGAAUGUAUCUACCUGAAUAUUAGAUAGUAAGUUGUUUUGCGUUGUUUAGAACCUUUUCUCAGCUAUGUCUGUUUUCAUCGCAAUCUGAAGUUUAUGGCAAUGUCGUAGACAAUUUAUAAUGCAAAGUCUGACACUGGAAUUGUAUUUAAUCGUUUCACAUUUUAAUAAUGUCUCUGCAAAAGUUAUUUUAUAGGAUUAGUACGUUGGAUGAUUUGGAAUCGUGUUUCGUAUCGUGCAUGUGAUGUCUGACAGGACCUCCUCGGGUACCUAUAAUGCUGACAGUUUAUCAAUUCACCACAAAAAUUUGAAAAAGUUAGAGUUUAAAGUAGUAAAAUUCACACAUUUGCUGCAAGCACUUAAAUAGUUGUUAUGUUUAAACAAUCGUCUAGCUCAAAACAAAAAUUUAGAAAUAUUAGACCUACAUCAGCUAAGCUGCUGUUAGUCGGCGUAAGAAAUGACUUACUUUACACUUCCCGAAAAGUGUUCUGUGUUGAUAAAACGGCAUUAAAAAUUACCUGCUUUUCAGCUUACAAAAUCAAUACCGCAGGAGUAGCAAGCACAGUUCUUAUGUUGCAGAAUAAGAUGUACAAACUAAAAAAAUUAAAAAUAAAAACCAAAAAUUAUAGAAAGUAGACUACUGCCUCCAGGGGAUAAGGAUGAAAUUACGUGGGUUGUAUGAUUCACACACAGACCGUUGUUAAGUAUACAAACGUUGUUUGUUGAUUUCUUGCACUGACUGAAAAGCAUAUAUCACAUUAUUUCAAAUGAAACAAAAUAAGAGCUAUGUAAAUGAGGGAGGUUUCCUCGCCAUGGAAAAAAAUUGUUCGAAUCAGAGUUGUGUGCGACAUCAGUUAUCGUAUCCUCAUCAUAUAGCUGCACUGUGACAAUGACCGAUCCCACAUAAAGACGUCGCUACAACAAAAUCGUUCAGAAAGAUAAGCAUGCUACUUCUCGAACGACACACUGUGUACUAAAAUACCGAAAAUAACAACAGAAAAUCGACGCUUCUCGAAAAUUUUCAUGUAAUUUUACAUGAAGUGUGACUACUUCAGCUCUCGAAUUUUCACUUAGAAACUGAAAGACUCGGAUAUUCGACCAGCAGAAGACUGACAAAAGAGAAACUUCCUCUACGAACAUGUCAGCAGUUAACUGUUACGUCAUGGAGCCUAGAGCCGCCAUCUUGUCCUUCCCUGUGGCGCUGUCUUCAGAAUCAGAGCUGAUAGGUGUAGAGUGCUUAGUUUUCUACUUUUAGUGCUAAUCUCACUCGUAACUUGUAUACUUGUGGGUGCAUAUAUCAACAGUUUUUUUGGCAGACCGUGCCAUAAGGCUGAAUUAUUUAGUAUGUCGUAUGCUGUUUAGUGAGAGUAGAAUUGCCGAUUUGCUAACGAAGCUUAAAUACUCCAGUUUUAUGCACUUAGAACCACUGGUGGAUACAUCUCAGGAAAGUGUGUAGAUUUGUCUGUGUGUGCGUGUGUCUGUUAGUUACAUUUAUCUCAAUAAAUCAAGGCAGCUAUUGUAGUGUGUAGUGUAAGCAUCAGUGAAGUGAGAGACCACAUCCGUGUGAUUCUCGACAGUUCUGCAAACGACAUUAGCUCACUGAGAUGUUACCUGUAACACAAGUCGGCUAAGUUUAAGCUUUGUGACUAUUUAUCUUAUUGAUUACAAAAUGAUUUGAAUCUGAGCAAGAAUUCAGAUUUCUCGUUCAGAAGACAUCACCCCACUUUGUUGUUAUUGAAAGUGAAUUUGCAGCUUAACAAUGGUCUGUUACAGUCACUGCAUGUGACAUUGCCACAGCACAGGUUGUGAUACAAACAUCAUGAAAGAUUCAAGUGGAUUAUUUUAGUCUUGAAAAAUGUUAUGACAUAUUGCAACGUGUUGUAGCUUGUCAUGACAUAUUAGAACAUGUUGUGAGAUACUCCAAAAUGUUUGCAUGUGUUGUGAAAAACUGCAAAAUGUUGAGACGUGUUGUGAUAUGUUGAAACGGGCUGUGGCAUGUCGUGACAUCUUGCAACACAUGAGGUAAAAGUCACAGAGUAUGGUUCCAGUUCUGAUGUGUCAGGUAGCAGAUUCUAAACUAACUGAUAGUUUUCUGUAGCACAGCCGAGUGCUGUAUUUAUUGUUCACGCUGGUUCUGCUCUGCCCAGUGGAUCAGAAGUGAUGUUAACCUGGUCAACUGCAGCCACCAUUUCGCCACUGAUAUGCUGUUUGUUUUCGUGGAUAUAGUUAAAAAAUACAUCUGCUUUUCUGCAUUCAUUUGUACCAAAGGCAGAGAGUGUAUCAUCCAGAAAAUCUGCAAGAACUUUCAGUCCCAAUCUAUUUCCUAAGUAUGACGAAAAUAAUUCUUUUCGCCUGUUGUUUGUCCUUCUCAAAUUUUCAAUUUAUACUCAUGGUCACUUAAUAAACUACACUCAGUCAAGGGAUAUAUAUUUGUAUAUAUGUUUCUUUCCCUCUCUCUCUCUCUCUCACUCUCUCUCACACACACACACAAACUCUGUGUGUGUGUGUGUGUGUGUGUGUGUGUGUGUGGGCAUGUGUGUGUGUGUGUGUGUGUGUGUGUGUGUGUGUGUGUGUGUGUGUGUCUGCUGACAUGAUAAAAUGUGUCCAUGACGAUGGCAAACAUUUUCGACUUAUUUACAACUGCACAACAAAAAUUAUUUCAGAAAAACAAACUAACGAUGUUAUCUGAGUUCACAUUAACUACAAGUUGCAUAAUCGCAAAGAAAGAUCGACACAAUUUUUUUUUCCGCCAAACGUUUUAUCAGUUAGAGAACAACUUUUUAGAGUUCUAUCUGUAACAUUUGCUAGAUACCCAAAUAUCAGACACUUGAAGCUCUCUAUUAAUAGUGGAUGCUGGGCACUCAAAUUUCAUGAAUGAAUGACAAUACUCCACCAAAGAACAAGUGCGGUUGGAAGUAUAAUGGCCACGAGAUCUCGUUGCUGUCAGCAGUAAUGUCCUUAUGACUGUUUACUUCACGAAGAGUAUGUUUGUUUGAUGAAUGUAUAACACAUUUGAGACAUUGUCUACUGAAAUCACAUGUGUGCUAGACCAACACUGUAGUGUAGAGUGUACCCAGCUGUCACAUCAUCGCUAAUAUAAACAGCAUACCUGAUUGUGUAACGUCUUCCCCGCCCAGGAAUCAAAUUUCCAUUGAUUUCCUAGUGGUUGGGUCUACAGGUGUAGUGAACGUUUUGAAGGUUAAAGCCACUUUUACCACCUUUGGUAGUUUAAAACAUCUGAAGUUUAUGUUCCCCUAUUUCACCGUUCACUUGUACACUACCAUCUGACUCUGAUGCAUGGCGGAUGUCAUGAUUAACUCCAAAAACUGCUGAUAAAAUUUCUUUAUUUAGCAACCAUCUUCGGCCCACGCACUAUCAUCAUAUUCACGAAAACAUUUACAUCGACGUAGUAAGCGGAGUAGAAUCAUUGGCAUCAGGUAAUAACAUCCACUAAUUCGUGCUGUCGUUGUACAGUAAUAUGAAUUACAUCGUCAGUAAUACACCGCGUGAGACAGUGUACUCAUUCGUGCUACAUCAAGAGUUAGCAUUAACGCUAGGAAAAGAGGCAUUAUGACAUACUGUCAAUUGCUGAUGUAGCAUAAAUGAGUGCACUGUUUGACAAAGUUAAUAAUUGACGGUGUAAUUUGUAUUAAUAUGUGGCAACAGUCACGAAUUCAUGGAUUUUAUUGUCUGACGCCAAUUAUUUUAUAUCGCCUGAUAUGCUACUGCGAACUUGAUAAUAGUCUGUGGAUCGAAGCUGGUUGUUAAAUAAAGAAGGUUUAUCAUCAGCUCUUGAUGGGAAUCUUGACGUUCCUGAAAUAUUUUCGAUCUGUAGAGUACCAUCUUCUGAAAAUAUACUGUUCAGUGACCAAUAUCAAGUCGUUUAAAUACUCAGAGCCUCACCUACUCUUCACAGCCAUUGAGAUAACACGUGUGUGGCUGUGCAGUAUUUUGGUAUUUGAAGUCUUUGACAAUGACCUUGCACGGAAAGUACCUGACACUGUACAAGUGAUAAUGAAAUAAAAAAGUUUUUAAACAGCCUAAGGUGGUAAAAUGGUUUUGACAUAAGCAAUCUGUUUUCAGUAUACCUUCUGCUCUAUAUUACUACAGAACAGUUUCGUAUCCUGUGUUUGAGGAAACUACCAUACAUGAGGUGCAGAGUGAAUAUCUCAUUCUGGAAACAUCCCCCAGGCUGUGACUAACCCAUGUCUCUGCAAUAUCCUUUCUUCCAGGAGUGAUAGUUCUGCGAGACUCGCACAAGAACUUUUGUGAAGUGUGGAAUGUAGGAGACGAGGUACUGGCAGAAUAGAAACUGUGAGGAGAACUUCUGAGUCGCGCACGGGUAGCUCAGUUGGUAUAGCACUUGCCAGCAAAAGGCAGAGGUCCCGAGUUCGAGUCUCGGUCCGAUACACAGUUUUAAUCUGCCAAGGAGUUUCAUAUCAGCUCACACCCCGCUGCAGAGUAAAUAUCUUAUUCUGAAUAACUUACUUCAACUGGAACACUUGCUAUAAAACAACAAAAAGUAAAAGUUUACUAACCAUGUGCAUGUGAACGUUCGUUUCUGUGUGUGUGUGUGUGUGUGUGUGUAUGUUUACUCUAAUCAGAGAUCGUGUAUGUUCUUCUUUCCUGGUGGCUGCAGUUUUACAGCUAAUAGUACCCUCCUUCCAUCCACAAUUUUGCUGAGUUCACUUCUUGAUCCAAAUGUGUAGAGUAGGUGGCUGUUGAACAUUUAGAAGUAGUCUGUAGGAUUUAUAGUAUUUAGCAGUCCACUGCAAGCUGAUGUGCAUGUGGCCUCCAGAGGUAGAUUAUUGCUCCUGGAAGUGAUGAUAGUUGCUAGUUGUGUAUAUAAGUAGGUUAGCUAGAAGGGCCAUUUAUAUUCUCAUUCCCCGCCCACGCUCGUUUCUUCCAGGGAGCGUCGAUACAGCAGACUUUUCUCAUCUUCAUGAGCUUGUCGGUUGUUGCUUUCCACAUAAAUGACAAUUGUAGCUACACUACAUUCUAUAUUGAUACUAUUAUGCUUUAAAUUCCUUACAAACACAUUAACACGCCUGCAGUGUAGGUCCAGUUCACUAUAUGAGGGGUGCAACUGUCGAUGCUGAAAACACACAUUGAUCUCCAGUAACUUUACUACUCCUACCUGUCCCCUCCAACAUCCGUUAUGUCUGAUCAUCUUAGCCAGUGGCCACCCACUGUACCAACCACAGCAAAUCACUUCUGCUGCCUGCCUCCAUACCCAUCAGAAACUCAGCCUCCUUAAACCAAUACACCUCUCACAUCGAAACCGCUACCCCCCUCCCCCCUUCCCCACAAAAAGAAAAAAAAAAAAAUACGAGCUAGCGCUUUUCACUGUCUGAUCACCUCAAAGACAGAGCGAUCAUUUAUUUUAUUUGUUCUUCUUAUGACAGACAUGAACCCAAAGUGAAUUUACACUUUCAGACAUUUUCACUACAGUAAUACAAACCCUUCUCUUUAAUCUUGAUACUCUUCAUGCUCUGAAAGACGUGAAUUGUGCAGUGUGUACUGUAAUUUUGUUAUCAUUUGGAAUUUCAUUAACCAAGUCUGCCUCUUAGCACUAUUGUUAAGUGUGUACCUUGGCUGUCAUACUCUUUCAUGCAGUGGCACUAUUUUGGACAGUUAAUUAUUCUAAUUAGAACUUCUAGAACCACAAAAAUUGUAUUGUAUUAUUAGGGUUAAAAUUGUUGAAACUCAAACUUUCGAAAACGCUGAUCGACAGAAAUAGUGGGAACACGUGGACCAAUAUUAUUCUGUGGUCUAGGAUUGCUGUAAUCUGUGACUGGAUAUGCCCAAGUGCAUCAAAUGGACAGUGAACAGAAAACAGCCCCUCACCCCCCAUAAUCACCCAGUGCCCUCCUUCCCAAGCCUAAACGGUAACUACAGGCCAGAUUGUGAAUGGAGGUAGUCCACAGCACCGCCACAUCACUUUCAAGACAAAUUCUCUAAUUUUGGGCUCCAUGGGAACGCUCCAUCCUUAGUUCAUGAGUUCACUUCCACAAUGAUUACCGCCACCAUUAGUUAUAUUUGGUGAGGCACACCCAAAUGGGAGGUACACAUUGGUCCCGAUAGGUUACCAACUCCUGAUGAUGAAGAUAAUGAUUAUCUUCGAAACGCCGAGUUUUAACUUAAUCACUAAGCGACAGUAAUACCGAGAUUAUGUGAUAAAUGGAGGCUGCCACUAUAAACUCCAAGGCUAUUGAUCCUCCAGCCCCCAUUUCCCGGCUAUGUCCUCUUUCUCAUCAUCAUUUGUCUUUUUGCCCCUAUGUAUGUUACAGAUAUGGAGAAGCUAACUGACAUAUCGGCUGCCAAUUCAAAUUUUUCGUUUGUGUGAUGAUAUCGUUCAUUAGAUACAAGGCAAUAUUAUCGCACGGACGAAAUCCUCAUAGGUUAUCAGCCCCAUGACAGCCUCCUCCUGAUGUGUCAAUCUUACUAUUCCUUGGUGAUUUUCCAGAAGGAUCUCAUUAGUGAUGAAAUUAAUUUCAUGAGAAAAGUAUGCCAAAAAAGCCUAAUAGUGCACCACAAACACUAACCCAAAGUGACUGUACACAUUGAUUUAGAACAUCACCUGUAGCUAUUUUUUAAUAUGCUGACGUCCCUCUUGCCGACACUGUCCACCCUGACAUGACUUAUCAUGCCACCAUUCCACCAAUCUAAUACAAAGUAAAUUUUGAAGUGUUUUAGUCUGGUUAGUGACUGCCAUCUUGUCCUCCACAUACAUCAGUAAAUACUGCUCCGAGCAGAACCUUACAGGCUGUAUAUUACCGGAAGCGCGUCUCAACUCUGUCCUGCAGGCAAGCACUCGAAUCUCGAUCUUACGGCUGAGUGGUUCCUGUGAGUCUUGCCACAUGGAUUCAUAGACAUCAUGUGGUCGCAUAUCAUUCUGCUGUGGCCAGACAAUCUCAUAUCGCUGAGAUGGACUUUGAGACUAAUUAAAUCACAUGCCACGUGGAAAACGACCUCCAAGAUAGUCUCAUUACGGUGACCAGGCCAUCAUCAUUAAGUUCUGAUCACCACUGGUACAAGUUGCGCCAGGAUAUGAAUAUGCUACACACAAUAUUUCAAAUGUGCAGCACAUUUCGAUUGGCUUCCAACAAUCUGUUCACUCCAGUCAGAGCUGAUCAAAGUAACAAGUCAAACAUCCUGUAUACCUUACAUCGGUAUAGAAUUUUGACUCAGUCCAAUCAUGACCGGCUGGACUUGUUCCAAUAGAUCCUCACAUGCACAUCGUCUCCCAAAUGGCUUCAGACCCACAACCGCCCAUAUAAAAAAAAAAAAAACUGGUCCACCAGCGCUGAGGUGACAUACAGGUCCUGAUUGGCACACUGCAUCCCAAGUUUCUUCGACUCUUCUACCCAUUUCCUCUAUGAUUGGCUCAAGUUGUACUAGGUUCUCUUCCCACCACACACUGAUUUGUAAGAUCUGCACCUCACCCUGAUCCCGAUUGGCAGUCGAAUGCCUUUUUGGGAAGAUGUCGACAGUUGGGCACUUCAUCCCAAACCUCUUCGGGUCUUUAGCUAACUCCAUUAAUGACUGCACCACGGUUUCCUCAAAUGAUUAUUGUUCAAAAAUGGCUACAGAUCCGUAACUCACCCUGAUCACAAUAGACGCAAGUAUACAGUUCCUCGCUUGCGCGCUUUACACGAAAGUCUUUGUUCCACCGACUCACUCCAUUCACAACUGGCUCGAGUCGUAACAGAAAACUCUCCAGUUGCACACAGUGCACCCCAAAUGGCGUCUGCUCUGCGACACAGCCUGAGCACGACUUACCAAAUCCAUAGCAGUACGCGAAAUACUACAGACAAAUCCUCACGAGCACACUUGACCACAAAUGGCUCCAGCAGCAGCUCAGUCGGCACUGGUGCGGGACUACCAUGCUGGGGGAGGUGCUGCGAACCCCAAGCUGGGACCAGCUGACUAGAACUGCCUCGUAUCGACCCGGUCCUUCUCCAGCACAGUAGUCUAGCUCUACGCAGCUGGGCAGUUGCUUUGCUGACUGUUUCACUUCUGCAUUUCACAGCUGGGCGACCUUCCAUGACUCGCUCCCGCCCUGUCCCAAUGUGGACAUUAUUUUAAAGUAGAAUGUAGCAAUUUUUUUAAGCGAACAGCGUUUGUGGGAAUACAGCCCAACACGAAUUGCUGUUUUACACUCCAUAUGACAGUACCUGAAGCAGAAUCGAACCAGAGAUGCGAGUGGAGACACUACUUUUUUUUACGACAGCAUCGCACAAACCUAUUCUUCCUGCUGGAUCGGACACUACUGGGCUAGUGGCAUAGUUACUGCAGGUGUCGGCGAGAUUGUAAGUGUCAGUAGGAGGCAGUCCCUCUAGAUUAUUUUGCUGAUCUCCCUACUGCUUUAACAGCAACCAAACGCCCAGCGAUAGAGAACUUAUCGUGUCUCUAUAUCAGACUCUCUAGACUUUUGUGAAUUCACUCUGUUCAGAUCUAUUAGCCAUUUGCUAUGCAUUAGCCAUUUGCUAUUUCCCAUUGCUCUGCUACAGCUUUUUUCGCCCUCUUCACUCACUAACUUCUCCUCCAGCGUUCCAGUCCUUCACCCUCGAUACUUUACAUUUUAAUAAACACUUUUGAUACCAGCCAAAAGGCGUCAAUUUUAUUUUAACGAGAGAUGUGUUUCAAAGCACUGUUUAUCAUCAUUUUACGUGUAAGUGGCCCCUUUCGUGAUGUGUGUAUUUUUACAGCAACAGUGAUCACAACUAACAGAAGUUGCUCAAAAGUUGAGGAGCAAGCGUAGGAAACCCUGAAAAUCGUGGAAGUAAAACUUUUUUUAGUGUACUCUCUUAUUUCGGCCCAGAUUAUUAUUAUUAUUAUUAAUAUUAUUAUUUGUUCUGAAUAUAUCUGAAAAUAAAACUGGCUUACACUCAAUUACAUCAAUGUAUAACUUUCUGCACUACAGAAAUUUUGGAAUUUCCGUGUUGUCCUAUAUUUCACAUCUUAAGUUUUCCAGUCACCUUCUUCUCAAACGCACCGGCGUUUCUCAACUAUGUGCGGCAACGAGAUAGCAUUAGAAAUAAACACCGACCGUCAAAGUUUCAUCCACUAGUAAAUAAAAUUUAUAGUUUUUGAUACCAUUUUGAUCUGUCUUAAAAUUAAUUAUCUCAUACCUUGAUACUAGAUAUGGAACAAAGCCUCUUGAAGACAAGGAGGGAAGAGACGUUUCCUCUCAGAUGUAUCUCUCUCUCUCCCCCCCCCCCCCCCCCCUUACCACCACCACCACUCUCUGUCUUUAGCUACUUGCAUCAUCACUUUAAUUCCGCAAAAUUUCCUUUCCCACUAUCUGUCCACUCAUGGACAUAACAUUCAUUGGUAAAUGUCCUUUCCAGUGGCGUCUACUUUGCUGCAAUUUUGCUAACGUAGACAGAAAGCAGCUCAGUGGCGCCAACUGCUAAAAACCGCCGAGGGGUGUGUUGUAGCACGAUUUGAGCACUAACGCUUAACGAAAAAGAGGUCGCCUUGAAUUGAUUGUGUUCCGGUUUCGAGGUCCAAAUUCUGUCUCCGCUGAGGCAUCUCUCGUGAAAUCCGGUGAAGUGGGCGCAAGAAGCACCGCUUCUUCGCACUUUGUACAACCGCGUAGGAACCAGUCAGGGCAGGCUAUUGUAGCAUAUUUUGUAAAUAGCAGGAAGCUCCGUCAGAGCUAACUGUAGGUCAAAUUGUACAUUGUUACAAGAAAUAAAUGAGGUUUUUACUUUGUAGUCUACAAAAUUCCCUAGUUGCACUGAGAAGGUGCGCCGCUUACAAAAGUCGGAGUAGAUUUUAGCACACUUAUUUCUUCAUUGCAUGAAGUUUCGGGAUUGCAGCUGGAAAACGUCGACUUGUUGCCACUAUAUUUCGGCUGACAACCAUUUAUGCAGCUCCAGUGUUCACCAGAGGAUGGCCAAAUGGUUGCCAGCAGAAAUGUUGUAACACCGGCAUCAUCCACCUGAAAUCACGAAACUCCAUGGGAUGCUGUUUACACGUUGUAAAUUUCGAGACUGUCAUAAGAAAUUCAUCUAACUUAGUACUGACAAUGAAGUGUGUAUCGUGGGUGUUAUGCAAAAACAAUGCCAAUGACAAAAAUUAUUUUUGGGAGUAAUGUUCCAUAUGUAGUCAGCUUAUUAGAAGGAACCGGUGAAGAUAGGCUUCGUAGCAUAUUUAGUAGGAAGCUCAAUCAGAGCUCACUGGUAGACUAAGCUGUACAUUAUGGCAAAAUUUAUAUAAGGUUUUUAUUCUGUAGCCUACGAAAACGUUACAGAUUCAAGUAGUUAAUUCGUGCUGUGAGAUGAUGUAAUAUUUUUAGAAGUGAGAGUAGAUUCUAACUAACUUAGUACGCCAUUCUAUGAUGUUUCGGGAUUACAGCCAAUACUGUUCACACUCCGAAAUGUUCAAGACUCGUUCAACGGGUUCAUGUAACAUAAUAUUGAUAAUGAAGAGUGUAUCGUCGGUGUGACACACAUACUCUUCUAAUGGCUUAAAAUUUGUUUUUUCGUAACGGUGUUCCCUACGUAGUCAGCUUAUUAGAAGAAACCAAUCAAGGCACCCUUCGUAGCAUAUUUAGCAAAAUGUAGGAUGCUCUGUCAGAGAUCACUGGUAGGCCAAACUGUACAUUAUGACAAGAGCUACAUCAGGUUUUUACUUUCUAGUCUACUAAAGGAUUACAGCUUUAUGUAGUGUAUUCGAGCACUGAAAUGAUGUGGCACUUUCAGAAGUCAAAAUAGAUUUUAGCUAACUUAGUGCUUCAUUCCGGGAUGUUUCAGGAGUGCAGUCAGGUAACAUCGACUUCACGACACGGUAUUUCGGGUGACAAACAUUCAGCCAUCUUCGGGUGGGUGUUUUGCCAGUGGUGAAUGGUUGCCAAACGAAAUAUCGUGGAAAGAGUCUACUUCAUCCACCUGCAUUCUAGAAACGUCAUAGAAUACUCUUUAGGUCACGAAAAUUUCAAGAUGUACAUAUGGGUUUCAUGUAAAUUAGUACUGGGAAUUAAACAUAUAUCGUGGGUGUGAUAUGUGUGCACUUCUAACGGAUGAAAUUUUCUUUUUUGGGAGCACUGUUCCAAAUGUUGUCAGCUUAUUAGGAGGAAAUUACCGAAUGCGUGUAUCAUAUCGUGUUUAGUAAACUGUAGAAAGCUCUAUCAAAACUAUGGUAGGGUAAGCUGAACUUAAGACAUAAGCUGCGUGAGAUGUUUACUUUAUGGUAUACGAAAAAAGUUACAUUUCUACUUAGCGAAUGCGAGCACUAAUAUAAUGUGUGACUUUUAGAAGUCGGAACAAACAAACUUGGUGCUUCAUUUCAUGAUGUUUCUGGAUUUCAGCCGGAUAAAGUCGACUUCUUGCCACGAUGUUUCGGCGGACAUCUGAUCAGCUAUCUUCAGCUGUGUCGUUUGGCAACACUCACCUGAAGAUGGCUGAAUGGUUGCCGGCUGAAACAUUAUGGCAAGAAGUCGACAUCAUCCUCCUGCAGUUCCAAAGGGUCACGGAAUACUCUUUUCACCAUGAAAAUUUAAAGAGUCUCAUAAGUAUUUCGUGUAACAUAGUACUCAAAAUGAAAUGAGUAUGUAUAUUUGUAAUGGCUUAAAAGUUAUUUUUUUUGGAGUAGUGUUCCAUACGUAGUCAGCUUAUUAGGAGAAGCAGACCACGAUAGGCUUCGUAGCAUAUUUAGUAAAGUAUAGGAAGUUCUAUCCGCCUGCAAUCCAAACACUUCAAGGAAUUUUCAUUACGCUAGGAAAAUUUCAACGUGGAAAUAUGGGGUUCAUGUAAUUUAGUACUGGGAGUGAACUGUGUAUCGUGUGUAUCAUACACGUUCACUUCUAAUAGCUUUUUUGAUGUAGUGCUCCUUGUGUAGCAGCUUAUUAGAAGGAACCGAUAAAGGUAUUGUUCGUAGCGUAUUUAGUAACAUAUAGGAAGCUGUAUAAGAGCUGCUUGGUAGGCUGACAAGAGCUAUAUAAGGUUUUUACUUUGUAGUGUACAAAAACGUUAUAGAUUUACGUAGUGAAUUCGAGCACUGGGAUAGUGUGAAGUUGUCGUAAACUGCAGCAAACUUAGUGCUUUAUUUCAUGAUGUUUCAGGAUUGCAUCCAGCUUACGUCGAUGUCUUGCUACGAUAUUCCAGCUGACAUCCAUUCAGCCAUUCUCAGGUGAGUGUUUAUGUCGACAUGUUUAUGUCGACACUGAUCUCAAGAUGGCUGAAUGAUUGUCAACCAAAAUAUCGUGGUAAGAAAUGGACGUAAUUUUCCUGUAAUCACAAAACUUCAUGCAGUGAAAAUUUCAACAGUCUAACAAGCGUUUCAUGUGAGAUAUUAUUGAGAAUGAAGGGUGUGUCGUCUGUAUAAUAGACAUACACUUCUAAUGGCUUGAAAAUAAUUUUUUUGGUAGCAGUGUUGCAUACGUAGUCAGCUUAUUAGAAGGAACCGAUCAAGGCAGCUUCGUAGCAAAUUUAGUAAAAUUUUGGGAGCUCUGUCACAGGUAACUUCUAGGCUAAGCAGUACAUUAUGACAUUAUGACAAGAGCUACAUAAAGCUUUUAGUUUAUAGUCUGAUAAUAGGUUACAGGUUUACGUAGUGAAUUCGAACAUGUAGAUGGUGUGACACUGUUAGAAGUCGCAGUAGAUUUAAGCAAACUUAGUGCUUCAUUCCAUGAAGUUUCGGUAUUGCAGCUGGAUAAUAUAGACUUCCGGCCAUGACGUUUCGGCUGACAACCAGUCAGCCAUCUUCAGGUGAAUGUUUUGUCAACACUGAUCUGAAGACGGCUCAAUGGUUGUCGAUCGAGGUAUUGUGACAUCGGUGUCAUCCAUCUGCGAUCCCGAAACUUCUUGGAAAUUUCAUUACGCCAGCAAAAUUUCAAACUGGAGUCAUAGAUUUCAUGUAUAUAGUAGUGAGAGUAAAAUAUAUAUCGUGGGUGCGAUAGUGGCUUAAGAUUAUUUUUUUCAGGAGUAGUGUUCCAUAUGUAGUCAGUUUAUUAGAAGUAUGUAUUAUAUGUAUUGUAUGAUAAUAAAUACCAUUUAACGUAUUUGUAGACGUUAGGUGCAGAAUUCUUGACAUGCUUAGACAGAUUCACAACGUAAUUUUUCAGUUUUAGUUCUUCAACGAAAAGUGCUGUUAAAAGCCUUUAUGGAGGUUGUUCACUGAUGACGUAUCUUUGUAGCAGAAGCUUAGAAAUUGCUCAAUUAGGACGUAGUUUUUGUUGGUGGCCUAUGUAAACAAACUGGCAGCGCACCUCUUGCGACUGCACGACUGUGUCAGUUACCCAGCUAUGGACCAAAGCACCCGAGAAAAUGGGGCGCGUUUCUGCUCCAGUGCUGAAGCGCUUGGUAGCAUUCGGCGGCAGCGCCACAUGGGUACAAGGACGGCAAGAUGGCGGCUACGUGGGGGCCAACGUGUGCCAGGCAGUUUCCUCGCCUUAAUCUAAGUCUGUCUGUACUGAAACGCUGUGCUCAUACAUCUACACAAAAUUUAUGUACAGUAACAUUACCGCGUACUACACUGUUUGUGAGGCAUCACGGAUCGGUUGACAAAAACUCGUUUCAAACUUCUUGUGAGUUAAUUUUACAACAGCAACGUGACUGUAAUCGUGGCCAAGGUGUGGCUGAAAGAGCAUUCUAAAUAACAUGGGUUGGAGUAUUUCAGCAUUUUUUUUUAUUAUUAUUUUACAUGCACCAACAAAUAUACUUGCUGUGGUUACUGUUGCGAAAAAUUACAUCUGUAGUUACAAAGGUAAUUUGACAGUUACAGUUAAUACCAAAAGAUAGGAAUUGAUUUCUAAAUACCUAAACUAAUCUUAACCUUCCUUAUAUCAGUUAUUAAUGCCUGGCUAAGAGUCUCUGUACUUAUAAAUAAUUUUCACCCUUUUUAUACCAAUAAAUAUUGUUUAAGUUGCUGUAGAUUCAAGACUGCGCUGUAAACAUAGCUGUCCUGAUACUGGCGCGUAAUACCAAAGAAAAAUAAUACUUUCUGCGAUGCAUAUCGAGCUCUGUCGCAGGGACAUCUGCAAAGUAAACACCAUAGCUAUAUCCACGGACAACAAUAGCCAAUUAAGUUCCUCAGUUCUGCAGUAAUAACUACAUCAGCAUUACAAGAAGAAGUUAGGGUAAUUUCUGGAAGCCGGAAACACUUUUCUUGGGAGAUGUCCCUGUUCUUAUCAGCAUUCGCACCUAACACUUACACUGUGGAUUCUAACGAUGUGACUGAGAUAAAAAAAAAGAAAAAGUGUCAUUUGUUUGUUUUGUUUUGUUGCUUUACACACACACACAC